UGGAGAUGGAAAUGGAAAUUUAGCAGCCGUAAAACCCCGAGACCGACCGACGGACGGACGGACGGAAUAAACCAUGCCGCAGGUGGCCGCUCCUCUCCGCCUCCUCCUCCCCCUCUCUCAAACCCUAGCCCCCGCCCCUCUCCUCCACCUCUCGAGCCGCCUCUUCGCCUCAUUCGGGCGCGCCACCAGCCUCCGCGCCCUCGCCUACCGCGGCCAGCCCGGCCGCCGCCACCACCACUCCCGCCGCGGGAGCAGCACGCUCAGGAAGGCCCCUAAGGAGGAGAUGGACGGCUGCGGGGACAAGGAGGCGGCGUUCAACAGGAAGCGGGCGGAGGGGAGGGACGGCUCCAAGCGCGGGACCAUGGAGCUUAAGACCCGCAGGCUCAACCCCGUCAACACCACCUGCUACGUGCAGAUACUUGGUACAGGAAUGGACACACAGGACACUUCACCUUCAAUUUUACUCUUCUUUGACAAACAAAGGUUUAUAUUUAAUGCCGGCGAGGGUCUUCAACGUUUCUGUACUGAACACAAGAUAAAGUUAUCAAAGAUUGACCAUAUCUUUUUGACUCGUGUGUGCUCUGAAACUGCAGGGGGCCUUCCAGGGCUGGUGCUAACUCUAGCAGGCAUUGGAGAUGAGGGCAUGUCGGUGAACAUAUGGGGCCCUUCUGACCUUGAUUUUUUAGCCGGGGCAAUGAGAUCUUUUAUCCCAAAUAGAGCGAUGCUUCACACACAUAGCUUUGGUGUUGAACGAAAUGAAUCUUCUUCACAAUCUAAAGACUCCAUUGUUAUUCUUGAUGACGAAGUAGUUCGAAUAUCUGCAAUGUUUGUCAAACCAAGGUACCACAAUGGAGCUGGUAGCUUCAAGGAUACUGACUUGAAGCCUGGUGAUACUGCUAUAGUCUAUGUGUGUGAAUUGCCAGAAAUUAAGGGAAAGUUUGACCCUGCUAAGGCCGCUGCCCUUGGUCUUAAGCCUGGGCCAAAGUAUCGUGAGCUUCAACUUGGGAACUCUGUGCAGUCUGAUCAAUUCGAUGAAAUGGUUCAUCCUAGUGAUGUUCUUGGUCCGUCAAUUCCUGGACCAACUGUUCUUCUGGUGGAUUGCCCUACACAAUAUCAUAUGCCAGAACUAUUUUCACUGCAACACCUUAGCUGCUUUUAUGAAGAUUCUUCCGACCAAACAGAGAGCGGCAAGAAAGUAAAUUGCAUAAUCCACUUAGGCCCAUCCUCUGUGACUAAAGCUGUUGACUAUCAGAACUGGAUGAAAAAAUUUGGUACAACGCAGCAUAUCAUGGCAGGACAUGAAAUUAAGAACAUGGAAAUUCCUAUCUUGAAAGGUAGUGCAAGGAUAUCAUCACGUCUCAAUUUUGUAUGCCCUCAGCUCUUCCCAGCCUCUGGGUUUUGGCCCGUAGAACCUGCAAAUGUUGUUACGGAGAAAAAUAAGAGUACUUUGUUGGAAGCCUGUGAAAGUGUGUCUGCGCAAAAUCUGCUGAAGUUUCAUCUGCGUCCAUAUGCUCAACUGGGGUUGGAUAGAGCUUCUAUUCCAAGCUUGUUUACCUACAAGGAUAUUGUGGAAGAGCUUUUAUCUGAGAUCCCAGAGGUUAGAGAAGUUCCUGAGCAGGUUCACAAAUUCUGGCAAAAUAAUGUUGACAAUAAAAAUACACUACCACCAGUUGGCAAUCUCAUGCUGAUGGUUGAAGAGCCAUGGAUCAGUCAAAAUUCUGGCAAGCUAGAUGAUGGCAUUCCUUCGCAAGAAAUUGUCUGGAGAAAGCAUCCAAAGGACAAUCAACAGAUCCCUUGUUGUGUGGAGAAUGCAACGAGGGAAGAUAUGGAGAUUACUUUUUUGGGUACAGGUUCAUCCCAGCCUUCAAAAUAUCGGAACGUAAGUUCCAUCUAUAUUAACCUUUUUUCAAAGGGAGGUAUACUUCUUGACUGCGGUGAAGGAACUUUAGGACAAUUGAAAAGGAGGUUUGGUGUAAAUGGUGCCGAUGAAGCUAUUAAAAGUUUGAGGUGUAUUUGGAUUUCCCAUAUUCAUGCUGAUCACCACACAGGGUUAGCUAGAGUUCUUGCUUUGAGGUCUAAAUUGUUGAAGGGGAUGCCUCACAAGUCCUUGCUUGUGAUUGGACCAAGACCACUUGAGAGAUUUCUAAAUGCAUAUUCAACACUUGAGGAUCUUGAUAUGCACUUCCUAGACUGCAGGCACACUUUGAAGCCUAGUGUUGAGGCUUUUCUCAAUGAAAAUGUUACCGAAUCGGCCAUGCCUCAACUUGAGAGCACCAUGUUUGCCCCUGGAAGUAGAAUGGAGAACUACAACAGGAAGCCUGCAAGUCCAAGGGAUACUACAGCUCUUACUAACUUCAAAGAAGUUCUACAGGAAUUAGGUUUGGAGAUUCUGUACAGUGUCCCCGUAGUACACUGUCCACAGGCAUUUGGAGUUGUUUUGAGAGCCAUGGCGAAGGUGAACAGCGCUGGAAAGGUUAUUCCAGGCUGGAAAGUGGUAUACUCGGGCGACACACGACCCUGUCCAGCUCUUAUAGAUGCAUCCUCAGAUGCCACGGUGCUAAUACAUGAGGCAACAUUUGAGGACAGUAUGAAGGACGAAGCAAUUGCGAGGAACCAUAGUACAACAAAGGAAGCCAUAGAAGUAGGCACAUCAGCUGGAGCAUACCGGAUAAUUUUGACCCACUUCAGCCAGAGAUACCCAAAAAUCCCAGUUAUUGAUGAGGUUGAUAUGGAGAAGACGUGCAUUGCCUUUGAUCUGAUGAGUGUAAACCUCGCGGAUUUGCCUGUUUUGCCCAAGGUUCUACCACACCUGAAGGUCCUGUUCAAGGAUGAGCUGGUAGUGGACGAAUCUGAUGAGGCUUUACGGUUCAUCAAAUACGCAGUUGGAAAAUCUGGUACUGAUUUCAAACGGGAAAUGCAAAGGCACUCGGCGGCUAUGCGUCAACUUGUUCACUACAAAGGCCACCCUGAUCCCUUAAGAGGGGAUGCCCUUAAUAAGGCUGUCCGCGAAACUGCAAACGAGUCUAUAGCUGCAGUUUUCUCCACAGAGGACCCUAAAUCUGCUGUUGCAACAGAAAGUAUUGGCAAGCGAAUACAGGGCUUUGGAAAUACUAAUUAUGAGCCAUCAAGAGAUGACAAGAAGUCUUUCCUUAGUGAACUUAGUGUUGUAGUGGGUAUUGGGAGUGCUUCCAUUAAGCAGGGUUUGAGCAACUUUGCUGCAGCACAUGCAAUGACGACAAAUGAUAAUGGUGGCACAUACAAAAGCCCUAACCUCCGUAAGUCUUUGACCACAGAAUCUGAUAGAUAUGGUCGGUAUGAUCCAAGUGAAAUUCAAAGUGAGAGCCGUGCCUCAUCUGGUGCUUCAAAGAAUGUGGCUUCUAGUUCUUGGGGCCCAAUUCCAUCCAGUUCUGCACCAACUGAUGAUACUAGCUCGAGGCAACAAGGGGUUAAGAGUCGUGAAGAGAGACUUUUGGAGACAAUUGUUACUGCAAGUGGUGUGCGGUUGCAACCAACUCGAGAUGCUCUGCAGGUAUUUUUAACGGAAGCCACCAAAUUGGAUGCAGUUGCUUUGAGCCGUGCACUUGAGAGCAAACUGAAUUCUCCAUUAUGGCAGGUUCGCAUGAAGGCUAUUUGUGUGUUGGAAGCCAUUGUAAGGAAACAGGAUACCGAUCCCUAUUCUAUCAUCACAUCAUAUUUCAUCGAGAACAGCACUUCUGUUGUUAAAUGCUGUGAGCUGCCACAGGUUUCUCUCAGAGAGAAGGCCUCAAAGGUCUUGAGUCUGCUUGUUGGAGAACAACCUACGGGAACCACAAAUCUUUCAGCAACAAAAACCGCAAUAUCCCCUCCUGUCCAGAUGCCUGAUUUGAUAGAUACUGGGGAUCAAGAUGAUCAAGGAACUCAAAGUUCAGGACUGGAAAGCAACGGACAGAUUACUGAGAACAGUGCACAUGUUUCUUCAGUUGAUGAUUUACUUGGUGGUGAGCAUAUUGCUAAUAUAAGUAUGACCAGUGAUGCUAAUGGAAGCAAUCCAUUUGCAGAUGUAUCAUUCCAUGAGGCAGAGACUAAGGAGACUAAUGAUCUGUUCUCUGGGAUGACAGUAGAAGAGAAAUCAUCAGCUGCCAUGCAUGAUAACUCUCCUUCAAACAAAAAUGAAUUACCGGAUAUAUUUGGCAGCAAUCCUGAUCCGUUCAUCCAAGAAAGUGUUAUGGACCAAGGAACUGUCCAUGAUUUGAUGGCUGGUUUGAAUCUUAAUGGAACAGGCCAAGCUCAGCCUGCAGUUAAAGCAGAGCCCAAUAGUAACCUCAGUGGUUCACAGUUCUUUGACAUGAACAAUCAGACUAGCAAUGUGGCAAAUGUUGCAGCAUUGAAUGGUAUUCCUGGUCAAAACUCUUUUUACCAACAGGCUCCCUUGCAGUACAGCUUGCCUCAACAUAUGCUACUCAAUCAGUCAUUUCCUGGGCAACAAUUAAAUUAUGGUGCCAUGGGGAUUCUUCUUGCUCAGCAGCAGCAGCAGCUGCUGCAAAAUUUUGGAAAUUUCAAUACCGGACUCGGACAUUCAUCUUUCAAUUCAGUGAACAGUGGAAAUGUGUCUGUGCUUCCAGAUAUUUUCAAUUCAAGUAAUCAACCGCAAAAUCAUGUUGCAGUGAUGAGCAAUCCAAAGAAAGAUGACACUAAAGCUUUUGAUUUUGUCUCGGAUCACCUUGCAGCAGCACGUGGUUCAAGAAAGUGACCUGAAAAGCAGUGAGCAUGACCAUAGAUUGCGGCAAGAACAGAACUGCCGAACUGAAUGGAAAUGCUGCACGUCUCGUCACAGCUUGGCUGAUUAGCUUGCACGAAUCAUACGGUUGGUUGGUUUCGCAAGCCGUGCUGCAACAAAUGGUGAAAGAUUCUUGCAUAUGGUUGGAAGACGAGAUGUGCUGUAGCAUGUAUUUAGACAGGCCGAUUUUUAUGUUGAAAUAAAUUACAUCUUCCGACUUUAUGUGCUCUUCUUUUGAAGAGUCGGACGUUGUAUAUUUGCCACCUGCAGGUGGGUUUUUUAUUUUUAUUUCUCUUACUGUGCAAUUACAUGCUGGUUCUUUUGGUGGGAAUUGUAAAGCUUGUUACAUGAACAAGAGAAGAAAGAGUUCGGUUUCUUGUA